AUGCCACCAUUAUCCAAGUCACACACCAGUUUGGCUUCUCGCAGAUCGUCAGUUUUCAACUUUCACCAACCACCACCUCAGGCCGACGUUUACUAUGUCGGUGUUGAUGUAGGUACAGGUUCCGCAAGGGCCUGCAUAAUCGACACGAACGGGGUUAUCUUGGGAUUGAGUGAAAGGCCCAUCACAAGACAUGAGUUGAAGCCAAACCACAUUACUCAAUCGUCUACGGAAAUUUGGAAUGCUAUUUGCUUUUGUGUGAAGAAUUGUCUUAGAGAUUCUGGUGUUGACCCUUCCGAAGUGUUUGGUAUCGGGUUUGAUGCAACUUGUUCGCUUGUUGCAAUCAGUGAGCUGGAAGAUACACCUGUAGGGGUUGGUCCAGAUUUCACUGACAACAAGGAAAAUAUCAUCCUUUGGAUGGAUCACAGAGCAGAAGACGAAACAAAUGUAAUCAAUGCUACAGGCGAUAAAUCCUUGAAGUAUGUCGGUGGACAAAUGUCCAUUGAGAUGGAGUUGCCCAAGAUUAAGUGGUUAAAGCACAAUUUACCAAAGGGAUUGACUGAUUUAAAAUUUUACGACUUACCUGAUUACUUGACUCACAAAGCCACUGGCUCAGAAGCUAGAUCUUUCAAUUCUACUGUCUGUAAGCAGGGAUUUGUUCCCUUAGGUGUUGAUGGAUCUACCACCGGAUGGUCCGCAGAAUUCUUAAAAUCUGUUGAUUUAGAGGAAUUAGUUGAAGACAAUUUCAGAAAAUUAGGAGGUGUUCAAGGUAAAAACGGGAAAUAUUUAUCGGCCGGUGAUAUCGUUGGUAAGUUAACUGCUCAAUCAGCCGAAGAAUUAGGUUUAACUACUGAAUGUAUUGUUGGUAGUGGAGUAAUUGAUGCUUAUGCAGGUUGGGUUGGUACAGUUGCCGCCAAAGUCGAUAUUCCAACAUUGCAAGAGUUGGCAGAGAAAUCAGAUGGUUCUAUUGGUACCUCAUGUGGUAGAUUAGCAGCUGUCGCUGGUACUUCAACAUGCCACAUUGCAAUGACCAGAGAUCCAUGCUUCGUCAAUGGUGUCUGGGGCCCAUACAAGGAUGUGAUGGCUCCAGGAUUUUGGCUUGCAGAAGGUGGCCAAUCUUGUACUGGGGCCCUUUUGGCCCAUGUAUUGGCUAUCCAUCCAGCAACUGCGGAAUUGUCUAGAUUGCUGGAAGACUCCAAUAUUUCAAAAUUCGACUAUCUAAACUUAAUUUUAGAGAAUUUGGUUAGUGAAACUAAAUCCAGAUCAGUGGUCAGUUUAGCUAAGCAUAUUUUCUUCUACGGAGACUUUCACGGUAACAGAUCUCCAAUCGCUGACCCUAGAAUGAGAGCAUCUAUCAUUGGACAAUCAAUGGAUUCGAGUGUCAACGAUUUAGCAAUUCAAUACUUUGGUGCUUGUGAAUUCAUUGCUCAGCAAACUAGACAAAUUGUUGAGGCUAUGACGAAGGGUGGACAUGAGAUUUCUUGCAUUUUUAUGUCAGGAGGUCAAUGUAGAAACGGGUUAUUAAUGAGAUUAUUAGCUGAUUGUACCGGGUUACCAGUCGUUAUUCCAAGAUAUAUUGAUGCUGCGGUCGUUUUCGGAUCUGCAUUGUUAGGUGCAGUUGCAGCAGAAGAAUCCGUCCAAGAGCACAUCAGUAAGCCAAAGGGAAGGUCCAGAAGAUCUUCUAUCUUGUCAACACAGAAAUCCCAGACAAGUUUGACCAACAACCAACAAGAAGAACCUCAUUCUCCUUACACUGCCCCAUCAGCUACCGCAUCUACAACUAACAUGCAUUCAUUAGUUUAUCCAACAGGAUCUCAUGCUCUUAUGACUCCUAUGGACGAAGGUGCAGAAGAAAAUGUUGAUUACUUUAACCAACCAGUUGCUAAGCACAAGCAAUCAAAGUCAUUCGCUGAAAGUGAUGACCUGGAUGACGAUGGGGAACAGACUUUGUCUUUCGGCUCAAAGUCAAAUGUUCAAAAGGGCUUAUCUCAAAGCUUAAAUAAACUUGGACUCAAGCCUUUGUCUACACUUGAUUCUAAGAAGGUUAAUCCUGGUGAUAAGUUAUGGAAGGUGAUGGAAAAGAUGACGGGACCAGGGAAAGUUGUCUUACCAUCCGAUCCACAUCAUCCAGAUCGUAAGUUGUUAGCAGCUAAGUACGAGAUUUUCCUCGAGCAAUGCACCAAGCAACAAGAGUAUAGAAAGUUGGUUGAUUUGGUAGAAUCUGAGAAUAUCAAAGGCUUGAAGGUUUAA